CAGAACCACACAGAACAUCGAAACUAAAACUGGUGAUAACAGAAGAGACGCCGGGAUCAGAACCACACAGAACAUCGAAACUAAAACUGGUGAUAACAGAAGAGACGCCCGGAUCAGAACCACACAGAACAUCGAAACUAAAACUGGUGAUAACAGAAGAGACGCUGGGAUCAGAACCACACAGAACAUCGAAACUAAAACUGGUGAUAACAGAAGAAACGCCCGGAUCAGAACCACACAGAACAUCGAAACUAAAACUGGUGAUAACAGAAGAGAUGCUGGGAUCAGAACUAAAAGGGAAAUAAAUGAGCCGGACAGGAAGCCGUCGUCCUCAUCAUCAUCGUCUGGUGAAACUCCAUUUCCAUCACAUCCCAGUUAAACAAGGUGGUGGAUCUAAAAGCAGAGCAGGAAGGAUUCAGCAGCUCUGAAUCUCGAGGAUCUAAACACGCCGAGAGAGACUCGCUACGUCUAAAAUCAGUCUCUGGAUCCUCAGCUGAGAUGAGUCCUGGUGAGAUUGUACUCGAACCUGCUGCCGAGGACGAUUCCUUCUCCGAUGCGUCUCUACUGCACAGUGUCGAGAUUGUCGGAGCUGGAUGGACGCCACAUAUCGGAGAAAGCCUGGAGGAGGAACUGAGCAUGUUCUCCAGCUACUCCAUCCACACAGUAGCUGCUGAUAAGAGCAGAACUUCAGUCCAGAGGAGGAGCAGCUCUCCUUCUAAAGAGGACUUUGAUAGACGGUACAGGAUGGGGGAGCUCCUGGGGAAAGGCGGCUGUGGUUCGGUCUACGCAGGAUUCCGGAGGACUGAUGGACAAGAGGUCGCUAUAAAGAUCGUCCUGAAGACGACCUACGACGAAUUCAUCACCAUCCCUGGAGAGAAGAACAGCCUCCCAAAAGAGGUGGCGUUAAUGCUGAUGGCGUCCAGGCCACCUCGCUGUGACCACGUCCUAGAGCUUCUGGAAUGGUUCGACACUCCAGAGUGUUUCGUCCUGAUCCUGGAGCGACCCGCCCUCUGCGUGAACCUCUUCGAGUACCACAGAGACGACGCCCUUCCUGAACCUCUGGCUCAGAUCAUCAUGCGUCAGGUGGUUCUCGCUGCACGUCACUGCCAGGAUCGAGGGGUUCUUCACCGAGACCUCAAGGAGGAGAACCUGCUGGUGUCUUUGGACAGAUUAGAAGUGAAGCUCAUUGAUUUUGGGUGUGGGGACCUGCUCAAGUCGAGCCCCUACAGGAGAUUUUCAGGCACCAUGUUAUACGUUCCACCUGAAUGGAUCAAGCGAGGUAGGUAUCAUGGCUGCCCUGCAACAGUCUGGGGUCUGGGCAUCUUACUGUUCGUUUUAGUGUGUGGAGAGCUGCCCUUCUGGAACGAGAGGGAGAUCACUGCUGGACGCCUGAAGUUCAAACCUGGUGUGUCUGAGGCCUGCCGUCAUCUCAUCAGGAGGUGCCUGAGCAAGAAUCCAAAGAAGCGGCCCAGCCUCGAGAAGAUCCUGGAGCACCACUGGUUUCCAGAGAGCCUCAAGAACUACGUAAGUCCAGGCACCUGUAUAGAUUUAGCAGACGGAUCACAGGUGAGCAUAUCAGGGUCUGAUGUUUGCUUCCAUGUAAUGUUGGAGGAAGUCAGCAGGACUGGUGGAGAUCAGCGAUAUUUUGUGGAUCAUCUUGACGAGUCGGUGGACUGAAUAAUCCAGACGUUUUUCACGCUGCGUUUCAUCCGUUUCACCCGUUAGAUCUUUAUUAUCCUGAUUAUUAUCCUGAUAUCUCAUUAACACAUGAUGGAAAUUCAUCUCACCUCAUUAUUUACAGCACCACAGCACAGGUCUGCUACAAGAACCAGAUCCAGAGAAUUCCAGCUGAGGUUCAGAUCAUCUCAAUUCCUCAGCACCAUCAGUGUACCAUCAGUACACCAUUAGAGUACCAUCAGUGAACCAUCAGUACACCAUUAGAGUACCAUCAGUGAACCAUCAGUACACCAUUAGAGUACCAUCAGUGAACCAUUAGAGUACCAUCAGUGAACCAUUAGAGUACCAUCAGUGAACCAGCAGUACACCAUUAGAGUACCAUCAGUACACCAUUAGAGUACCAUCAGUGAACCAGCAGUACACCAUCAGUGCAUGAUCAGUGAACCAUCAGUGUACCAUCAGUGUACCAUCAGUGUACCAUCAGUGAACCAUCAGUGUACCACCAGUACACCACCACACCAGAUCAGAAAG